AGAGCGGUGGGCGGUGCGGGCGGUGUCGGGCGGUGAGCGGAGUGACCGCGGACGAACCGGGACGUGCAGCUGCCGCGGGAAGGGUGUGAGAAACCAUUCAUCGGAGACCACAGAACUGCUGAAGCUGUUGCUGACAACCUGCAACAAUGAGUGUCGCCUCGUGGGCCACACAGCCGAGUCCCGGCUCACCCACGACUCCGCUGGAAAACAGCUUUUUCUCAGCACCGGAACACUCGAAGACACUGCUUCAGGUCAUGCACAAGAUGCGGUCAAACUCACAGCUGUGCGACGUGGAGUUUGUUGUCGGCGACCUGAAGAUCAACGCGCACCGAAUCGUUCUGGCGGCCUGCAGUCCCUAUUUCAGCGCCAUGUUCACAAAUGACCUGGCGGAGAAGCGCCAGUGUCAGAUCACCCUUCACGACAUCGACGCUCAUGCCAUUCAGCUGCUGGUAGACUUCGCCUACACUGGAGAACUGCAAAUAUGCGAGGACAAUGUUCAGGCCCUGUUGCCCGCCUCCAGUCUACUGCAGCUCACCGGUGUUAGGGAGGCGUGCUGCUACUUCCUGCUCAAACAGCUGCACCCCUCCAACUGCCUCGGAAUACGCAGCUUCGCAGACACCCAUUCCUGUGACGAACUUCACAUACGCUCUCACAAAUUCGCGCUGCAGAACUUCCAAGAAGUGUGCGGCACUGAGGAGUUCCUGUUUCUGCCCUUCAAACAGGUGAACGAGCUGAUUGCCAGCAACCAGAUGAACGUGGCGGACGAGGAGACGGUGUUCCGAUCCGUGGUCAAAUGGGUGCGGCACGACGAGGCCGAGAGGAAACAGCACGUGGCAGAGCUGAUGUCGCACGUGAAGCUGCCCCUGCUCUCGCGCGACUUCCUAGUCGGUACUGUGGACCAGGAGCCACUGCUGCGAGAGGACGCCGCGUGUCGCGAGCUGCUGCUGGAGGCCCUGAAGUACCACCUGCUGCCAGAACAGAGGGCCUCCAUGGUGUCCUCACGGACCACGGACAGACGACCGGACGCCGCCGCGCCCUACCUCUUCGCUGUCGGCGGCGGCAGUCUGUUCGCGGUCCACUCCGAGUGCGAGGUGUACAACCCGCGCCUGGAGCGGUGGCUCUCGGUGGCCAGUAUGAACACGCGCCGCUCGCGGGCCGGCGUGGCCAGCGACGGCCGCCUCCUGUACGUCAUCGGCGGCUACGACGGCAGCGGCGACCUCAACACGGCCGAGAGCUACAACCCGCUCUCCAACACCUGGAGCUACGUGACGCCGAUGGGCGCCAAACGCAGCUGCUUCGGCGCGGCGGGCCUCAACGGACUCAUCUACUGCUGCGGAGGGUACGACGGCGCCUCGUGUCUGAGCAGCGUAGAGCGGUUCGACCCCCUGGCCGGCACCUGGUCCUCUCUGCCCCAGAUGACCUCACGCAGACGCUACUGCCGACUCGCCGUCCUGGAUAACUGUUUGUACGCCAUCGGCGGUUUCGACUCGGCCUCCUACCUCAGUACCGUGGAGCGUCUCGAUCCCAGGAUGAACAAGUGGACCAGCCUGCCGCCCAUGUCCAGCAGGCGGAGCAGCUGCGGCGUGGAGACGGUGGGCGACUGGCUCUACUGUGUCGGCGGUAACGACGGAACAAUGUGCCAGGCCACCGGCGAAAAGUUCAGCCUCCGCAGAAACACAUGGGAGACCAUCGCCAGCAUGCAGUCGCGCAGGUCCACCCAUGAGCUGAUCCACGUCAGUGGCCGUCUGUACGCCGUGGGUGGCAACGACGGCAGCUCCUCCCUCAACACGGUGGAGAGCUACGACGACCGUCUGAACCGGUGGAAGCAGGAGCCGCCGAUGGCGUGCCGGCGCAGCUCGGUCGGCGCCGCCGUGCUGCACUGUGUCAGCCUGGAGCGCCUGUUACGGGGCAAACAGUGGAGCGCCACGCCCAUGUCGACCUCUCUGACGGCGGCCUCGGCCCUGAACGGCCGGCCCACCAGUCUGUGUGUGCGAGCCCGGGACACCGCCUCAGACAAGUCGCGCCGGGAGCGGCGCCUCGACUCUGCUCACCGCGGCACCUUGUGAUGGGCGCUCUCGCGCUGCCUCUGCAGGCCCGUCUGCUAGCGACAUCGCGCGGCGGCAGAGCGAAGCUCGAGUGAUGGGGUCGGCCGACAGGCGGGCUCUGUGCACCGGAUUGAGAAGCACUCGGAGGCAGCACGAAUUUGUUUGUUUUUGUUUUCAAGUGACAUGAAUUGACGAUUCCAUCUUCACACUAUGUGCUGACUUGUUAGCACAACAGGUCUUCUAGUACCAGAAAUAGGAACUGGAUAGUUAUCAAACAUAAAACAUGAUCUUAGAGCGAAUCAGAUACCUACACUUUAAAAACGACAAUACCAAUCAUCUUGACCAUAGACUUCUCAAAUCUCACAAGUAAUCCUACUUCAACCUCCGAUCCCUCUGAUCUAUCCUCGGGACACUAUAAUCCUCAACACUCCAGCGUUGAUCUGUAAUCAUCGCCCAUCGGAGAAGCUUUGAUCAGAGCACGCCACCAAAUAAGCAAUAUGGAUUCCACUACUCAUCACCUAAAUAUUCAUCAACCCAGAACGGACUCUAAAAUUUGACCUCGAAUUGCCUUAGCCUUUCUAUGAAUCACUCACAAAAAACGACAAUAGGGGCGUAACGAGUCCUUACUGCCUGAGCCACUGCCGAAUACGUGCGGUCAACGGGAGGGUACAAAAUGCGGCACAUCACAUGACACUGCCCCAGAAGCCGGGUGACUGACUGGAGCCCCUAUGUGAACGAUAGGUUGAUUUGAGAGGAUGUGAAUAACCCUAUCCAGCACCACCAUUGAUUCACGAUCAUGAAUUUCAUGCGGGUAGAGCUUCAUUUGUAUCCCAUGGAUCCUUAUUUUCUUUCUAUGUUUCCCCUUUUUUCCUUUUCUUCUUUUUCUAUUUUUUUUUUCUAAACGAAAGAACUUUACCAAGCACCUAACCCAGAAUAAUACGUUGCAUUGCGUGUUUCCUAAGCAAGGUGUGUGCGCCCGAUAAGCCCAACGUCUUGUCUGUCAAAUGUGGUUGGGUGCCGUAUGAAAGUUUUCAUACAAUCCUAAUAGAACAACCAACACUAUCAACAGCUGGAAUGUCAGAACCUCAGUCAGCCUGUCAGAACCGCCGUUGUCCCUUCAACGCCAACUUCUUGCUGCUAUCCGACCAGCCCCUGCUGCUGAGGUUGUAGUUCGAAGCAGAACCCAAUUAUUGGAAGGAGCAUGUAUGCUUGCAUAUUGCCCUGUAUGUAUGUACAGUGAUUUGAUGUAAAGAGAGCCUUCCUGUCCUCGGUGUCACCUUUCGCGUGCAAAUGUAUAAUGCAUUGUAGUGUUUGCAUGUUGAGUUCAUGGUGCUGCCAAAUAAAGGUAUUUCCCUAUGUGGCAGCAAUGGCACAUUGGUGGCGCACACGUGACAAUUGUGGUACGGUUUUGGCGCCAAGAGUUGACCUCUGGUGACCGGUGACCUGAGGUCAACAGACUGGUCUGGAGUGUGGCUGAAGAAGCAUUGAUACUGUUGCUAUUUACCUUGUUAUUAAUAUACCAUGUAAUUGUCAA